AACCAAAACUCAAAAAAAAAAAAAAAAAAAAAAAAAAAACUCAAAUUGCUUCUUCUCCUUCAAUGGCAACGACGACGAGAAAAAGCUAUUACCAACGGCCGAGUCAACGCUUCCUUCCAACAGAUCGGACUUACCACAUCACCGGAGAUUCAGAAUUCGAGUUCGACGAGUCCGAUCUAUACUCAACCCGCUCCGAUUCGCCUGAUUUUCGUCGGAAACUCAUCACAUCAAACCGUAGAUCAUCUCCGGCAACCGUAACCACCACGACGGUAGCUUCUUCACUUCCGAUGAAUGUACCGGACUGGUCUAAGAUUCUCGGGAAGGAAAAUCGUCACAUCCGUCGGAAAAGCAUCGAUAACGAUGACGACGGAGACGGUGGAAAAUUGCCGCCGCAUGAGUAUUUGGCGAAGACGAGAAUGGCUUCGUUCUCUGUGCAUGAAGGAAUUGGAAGGACAUUGAAAGGAAGAGAUAUGAGUAGGGUUCGAAAUGCAAUUUUGGAAAAGACUGGGUUUUUAGAUUAAUUUCUUAAAAGUAUAAGGUUCUCUUUUUUUGGGGUUUAGUUUUUUCUUAAUAACAAUUUUUACUAAAUAACUGGUGAGAAGAAGAAGCAUAUAAUAUUUUCUAGAUUAUGCCUUCUUUUUUAUAUUGUAAUUUUCGGUAUAUUGCAAAGUUUUUAAUGUUGAGUAUCUUGGAUUAUAUUUUAUUAUUAUCCAAAAAAAGUUUUGUACUGUAACUAUUGUACUACCAAAUUCCAAAUCGGUGAAAUUCGUACUUUAAAAAA